AGUCGCGCAGCCGCUCACAGGGGCUGCGGGGGUUUGGCCGAGUCAGCGGCGGAAAGGGAAGCCUCGCCACAGAAUAAAACAUCACAUUUUCUCAGUGCACAGAGAGUCAAAACACAAAAAAUACAUCCCUAUUUAAACAACAAAAAAACACGCGCAAGAAGCCGCAAAAGGAGCGUAACCAUGAUCCGUUUCAUCCUUAUUCAAAACCGUGCUGGCAAAACCCGUCUGGCUAAGUGGUACAUGCAGUUUGACGACGAUGAAAAGCAGAAGCUCAUCGAGGAGGUUCACGCUGUUGUGACUGUUCGUGACGCGAAACAUACCAACUUUGUGGAGUUUCGAAACUUCAAGAUAAUCUACCGACGCUACGCUGGCCUCUACUUCUGCAUUUGCGUGGACGUCAAUGACAACAACCUGGUCUAUCUGGAAGCUAUCCACAAUUUUGUGGAGGUUUUGAAUGAAUAUUUCCAUAAUGUCUGUGAAUUAGAUCUUGUCUUCAACUUCUACAAGGUAUACACUGUGGUGGAUGAGAUGUUCCUAGCGGGAGAGAUCAGAGAAACGAGCCAGACCAAGGUGUUGAAGCAGCUGCUGAUGUUACAGUCCUUGGAGUGAAGUACAAAAGGAUGCUUCAGCGACAGAUAGCAGCUAUCUCUACUCAAGCUCCACUGGUGCAAGUGUGUAGGUGUGAGUUACUUGUGUGUGUGCGUGUGUGUGUGUGUGCGUGUGUGUGAGAAUGAGAGAGAGAGGAAUGAAUGGAAACUACAGGGAACAAUGAAG